UAUAUAAAGAAACAGCGAUCUCUAAUGUUCGAUCAACUCAGCAGUUACCUCGAUUCUUCUCUUCUGCAAUUUCCUUUGACCUAAUUGGAAUUCAUUACGGUUUUCUUUGGUAAUUUACAUCCUUACCCUUUCGCCAUGAACAUCUUCUCCAAGAAACCCACUGCUAAAGAGGCUCUUCGCGAGAGUAAACGCGAAAUGACAACUGCUACCAGAGGUAUAGAGAGGGAAAUUGGAGCAUUACAAUUGGAAGAAAAGAAGCUUCUUGCUGAGAUAAAGAGAACUGCUAAGACGGGAAACGAGGCUGCAACUAAAGUUCUUGCUCGACAGUUGGUAAGGCUUAGGCAGCAGAUUGCAAACCUUCAAGGUAGUCGAGCUCAGAUGAGAGGCAUAGCAACUCACACACAGGCUAUGCAUGCCCAUUCUUCUGUUGCUGCUGGUAUGCAAGGAGCUAGUAAGGCAAUGGCAGCUAUGAAUAAGCAAAUGGCACCAGCCAAGCAAGCCAAAGUUAUACAAGACUUCCAGAGACAAUCAGCGCAGAUGGAUAUGACUACUGAGAUGAUGUCUGAUACCAUAGAUGAUGCAUUGGAUAAUGAUGAAGCCGAAGAGGAGACUGAAGAGUUGACAAACCAGGUCCUUGACGAAAUUGGAGUGGAUGUUGCAUCACAGUUAUCAGCAGCUCCCAAAGGGAGAGUCCGAACAAAGAACACAGAAAAUGUCAGCAGCUCGGGCAUCGAUGACCUUGAGAAGCGUUUGGCAGCUCUUAGAAACCCAUAAUUUUUUGAUUGGAUUGUUUGAUGCUCGAAUACUCCGAACUCCCAAGUUCUGAUCUAGAAUUCUUUCCUGAGCUGUUAUAUAGAGCUAUAAUAUAUUUAGUGUGUACAUAACUCCUUGAAAUUAGUAUUAUGUUACGCAAGAUCCCAUCAAAUUUACUCAUGCCUUAGGCUACUGAGGGUAAUCUUGUAUUCUUGUGGAAAUUUAACAUUUUUUUCAUAUACACGUGGCUUAUCAGGGAUUAUAUGUAAUGAUAUAAUCAAUUGUUCGUUUAAACAUUGUUUAAUAAAGAACAAUAAAGAAUUUGGAAGA